CCUUCUAUGGGUGUGGUUCGUGUGGUUUGAAUGCUUGGCAACAAAAAUGACACACAGCCAUGAACACGGCCUUCGGGUCGCGUUAUAUCGAGGCAUCGGUACAUAAAGAAGUCGUCUUCCUGGUGACUUCGUACAAGUUGAUAACAUUCAAACAGGACUGCUUAUGAAGUUCACGCAGGGAACAGCUCUGAACUCGUCCAUGGGGAGUCACUUCGUCGAUCGAGUCAUAAAGAAAAGCAUGGCGGGACUCACGUCUGACAAGGGCGUUGUGUUUGACGAUCACAGGCAGCCACACCACGAAGUCACUUUGUGUCAGUUGACGUUAUUUAUUAUCUACGUCGGCGUGACGUUCCUAUAUGCAGUCAGACUGCCACGCUCCUUCGUCAGAGGCAAACAAGCCCAACCGGAACCGGAUGUGGAAAGAACGCAUGACACAAAGCCAGUCUCCAAUCACGUUGCAGUAGAGGUUAAAAAUGGUAACGACUCAAACGUUGACAAAGGGAACGACAACGAAAGCGUCCAAACCAAGAAGACACCCUCACCUCCGCCCCCUCCAACGUUUGAUGCUUUCCUCAAAUACGUAAUUGUAUUUGGUGCCAUCAUGGGGUAUUACUUCUUCUGUGAUUACAUCAAGGUGUUCCCGGCCAUGCCCCGCGUGUACAAUCGGGACACCUACCUGUUCCUGGUGUUCCUUCUGUUCCUCGUAGCGUGUGUGUUCACCAUCAAGCCAACUAAGGAUAUCAUUCUUAACAGGGAGCAGACGGAGGAGUGGAAGGGCUGGAUGCAGGUGAUGUUUGUGUGGUACCACUACUUCGCGGCCAAGGAGUGGUACAACUGGAUUCGAGUCUACAUCGCCUGUUAUGUCUGGAUGACAGGAUUCGGCAACUUUUCCUUCUUCUGGAUCAGAAACGACUUUUCCCUAUGGCGAAUUAUAAAAAUGAUGUUCAGACUGAACUUCCUCGUUAUUUUCGUCCUCAUGACAACCAACAACGAGUACAUGUUGUACUACAUCUGCGCCAUGCACACGUACUGGUUCAUCAGUGUUUAUGUAUUCAUGCGCGUUCUCAAUAGCUGGAACAAGGACAGAGUCAAGAUGGCGAUCAAAUUUGCCGCUUUUAUAAUUUGUAACGCCCUAAUAUUUGAAAUCUCGGGCGUAUGUUCAACCCUGUUUCGUCCAUUGUGGUUCAUAUUUGGCCUACACGAAACGAAAAACGACAUUAUGCAUGAAUGGGAGUUCAGAGCUGGACUGGACCAUUGGGCGUGUCUGACCGGGAUGCUAUGCGCCUACAACUAUCCACACUUCGAGGCUCUAUUGAAACGACUUGAAAAGGAAGCGACGACCAGGACAGAAAAAUACACUCAAAUAGGCAUCAAGACUGUCAUGAUCGUAGUUUCCCUUGCGGUCGGUGUCCUGUGGUACACAACGUUCAUGGGUAAAGAAAAAUAUGCAUACAACAGAACCCACUGUUAUUCUUCCAUGAUCCCGAUACUUGUUUUCAUUGUGUUACGGAACAGUUUUCCGAUACUCCGGCGAUACUACAUCCAUAUGUUUGCCUGGUUGGGCAAGAUCACCCUGGAGACGUAUCUCUCACAGCUUCAUAUAUACCUGCAGUCGAAUGCAAAGGAUUUGCUGGGCUAUCUUGUAGAUCUGCCGCUUCUGAAUUUUGCCCUGGCUACCAUCAUUUACCUGUUCAUCUCUUACGUACUGUUUCAUCUAACAACACAGUUCAGUUCAUUUCUCAUCCCCAAGGACUUGACCGUGGUGUCGAAAUACGCCGUCACCGGUGCUGUCGUUGUCGGUGCUGCAGCAGCGAUUGCAUUUGGUAUUCAGGUGGCUCUAGGGGGACAUAUACAUAUAUGAAUUUCACACAACGGUAUAGUGUAAAUGACACUUCUAGUGCUGGCAUCCGUAUAGAUUAUUGUGAAAAGGUAACCUUUUCUUGUGGGAAUCUGUUAUGACAUAUUUAUUACACUUUUGAUUGGUAUAGUUGGUUCAUUGCGAAAGCAGUGGAGAAUGUCUGAUUAGGAAUGACGAAAAUAGGCGGAUCCAGGAAUUUUCAGAGGGUGGG